AAGCGCCUCUCAAGGGGGCGGGGCUUCGUUGGAGGCAAAAACCCUGCGAGGGGCCACCGUUCAUAGCAGUUUGAACCCAGAUCGCAAAAUAACGUUAAACUUGAUUGCAUUUUAGUGUGAAAAGGACAGAAUACCAAGGAGAGCAAACAUGGAUGCAGGUGAAGACCAAAACACAGGAACAACCAAUGGACCUCCUCAGACGAGUGGGAACUCUCGUGCACCCCAGAUAGCCCACAUGUCCCUUUAUGAGAGACAGGCGGUACAGGCUCUACAAGCACUGCAGCGACAGCCACAUGCAGCUCAGUACUUCCACCAGCUGAUGCUGCAGCAGCAGAUCAACAGUGCCCAACUCCACAAUUUGGCCGCCGUGCAACAGGCUGCUACACUUGCAGCCAGUCGACAGUCCAAUACCCCGAGUAGCACCCAGGCAACCACCACUGUAAGUUUUGUUGUCAACCUAAGCACCACAUCUGCAGGAGGUGCCAUGAACAAUCCACGUCCCCACGGUCCAGCCUCCUCCGCAGCGACAACGGCUCUCAACCAGUCAGUGCUGCUCGGGGGAAACUCGGCAGGACAGGGACAGAUGUACCUUAGGGUUAACCGCUCUCUUAGGGCCCCCCUUGCCCCUCAGCUCAUUUUCAUGCCUGGUGGUACAGCGACGGUAGCAACAGUUGCCCAGGCGCAGCCCCAGCAGCAACAGCAACAGCACGAAGUCACCCCUACCACUGCCGGUGUUCAGUCUGACAAUGAUCAGGUACAGAAUCUGGCCCUCCAUUGCACUGCCACUCCCAGAGCGGUUGCGGUCAAGUCUGAGAUUCCAGAGAGGAAAGAUGUUGCCGGCUUUCCUCUCGGCCAACAGCAGCAGACCUUCACCCAGACAGCUCAGCAGCAGCAAGUGCUCCCACAGCAGCAGCAACAGAUGGCCAAACCCACCUUUGCUCAGCAGUCCUCGGCCAACGCUAUGACAUUAAAGACUAGCACGCCCGCUGCCUCAAUAGCUCCUUCCUCCACCUCUUCUCAAGCACUCCCUCUGUCCCAACUCCUCCUGUCCUCCUCCUCUGCCCCUGUGAUCCUGGUACCCACCUCAAACGUUACAACCACCACCCAGGGCUACUCCAUCGGCGCGGUGACCCAGAAAGCAAACGGGAACACGCAGACCCUGGUGGUGCAGCCCUUGCAACAGGCCGGCACGGCUACAGAAAAGGGACCCGUGCCGAUCCAGCCCAAGACGGCUCAGGGACACCGCUUGCCCGUGCAGCUGCCUCCUCGACACCCACCUCACAUUCUGCCCGCGCCACCUAGCAACAGCCAGCACAACAGUCCCCACAUCCCUGUGCAGCUGGUGGGAGCGAGGCAGGGAUUAAACACCCAUGCGGUGGCUCUGGCUCAGGCACGUAGCGGCAUGGCCCAGGAAGGUUCAGCUGGCGGGAAUGUUAACACCGUCUCCAACAACAGUGCCAUGCAUCAGAUCAAGCCUGCCAUUGGCUCUCUGAAGAGAAAAUCUGACUGCGAUGCUCCAAAUGAGACGGCCACAGAUUCUCCAGACUGUGCGCCCAUGAAAGAUUCUGCUCCUCCCUUAUCUCCUGCCCCCACCAAGGACUCAGCUCCUCCGGUCGUAGCUGCCUUCUCGUCUCCGCCCACACUUCUGUUGCCUCUGCCCCUGUCGAGAGUCGGGCACGGGGACAAAGACAGAGCGCCCGUUCCGCAGGCAGUGGUCAAACCUCAAGUGCUCACCCACCUCAUAGAGGGCUUUGUCAUCCAGGAGGGAGCUGAGCCUUUCCCCGUUGCCGGACUCCUCAAAGACAGAGAUUUUGCCCUUGUUGGCCGCUCAGAGAAUGGACCUCCAUUGUUGAAAUGCGAGUAUUGUGGAAGCCUCGCCCCAGCCAGCCAGUUCAGAGGAUCAAAGAGGUUCUGUUCAAAUACUUGUGCAAAGAGGUACAAUGUGAGCUGCAGCCAACACUUCAAGACCAGCAGAGGGAGGAGUGGUGCCGGACCGCCGCCGCCGCCUCCACCCACCAAUGAGGGCGCUGCUAGGCGAAGAGGGCCCUCUCGCAGGAGCAGUUCCAACAUCACAUGUAAUAAAGUAUCGGGCAGGAAUCUCCCUGUUAAGAGUCACUCUGAGUCCAGCCGCUCGGAGGACGUCUCCAGCGACGUGGAAGAAGAGGACGACUCUCCCUCCCUGUCCCCGAGCUCCUCACACUCCCGCUCUCGAGCAGAGCUCAGCGCUCCUCCGUCUGACAGCGUAGCUCCUGGCAGCCUCCCUCUAGAUGGGGCUGACUUCCUCUCAGCAACCCCGGCCCAGUGGAGUGUGGAGGAAGUCUGCCGGUUUAUCUCGUCUCUUCAAGGCUGUGAAGAGUUGGCGGCCCACUUUCUGUCACAGGAAAUAGACGGACAGGCUCUGAUGCUCCUGCGAGAGGACCAUCUCAUCUCCACGAUGAAUAUCAAACUGGGUCCUGCCCUAAAGAUCUGUGCCUCCAUCAACACGCUGCGUGAGUGACUCUGUUAGUCCUUCAGAGUCAUGGGGGUCACCGUUUUCGUGGAUGACUCCCCCCCCCCCUGGAAUUAGUACGUUGACCUGCUCACUUUUUUUAGUUAGAUGUUAAAAAGACUUCUAUGGGUGACAGUGAGGAUGUUCUUUUCUCCAAAAAAAAUGUUACAGUCGCGUGGAAACAUGAGGACCAACAGUUUACUUUCUGGACAGUGAAUGUACAACAAUAUGCUCGUGUAUUCCGUUUUGUGUGAGACAGGCGGUGAGUCGGUAUCCAUGUCAGAAGUGUGUAGCAGACUUCUGUCUGUACCCUCAGCCUCCAGUCAUCGGUGCUAGGUCAUGCUUUUUUUAACUAGGGCAGCUCACCUGCUGGGUUAAAAAAAAAGCAAAGAAAUGUUGCCUUCUUUCUGUAUUUCUAAUGGUGCUUUAACUUUAGUGGCAUGAUAUGGAGGAAUGUCCUCAUCAGUCCACGUCAUUUAUAUAUAUAUAUAUAUAUAUCAGUCUUUUUAGUAGUUCACCUUUAAUUACCAUAGAUGUUCAAUCUAGGCUCCAAUCACAACAAGCAAAGGACACUAAAAAUGCUAUUGUAUUUUAAUUAGUUCAUUUUACCAUUUCUCAAAAGUUUAGUUUUGUAUCGUUUUCCAUUUUAUACAACAAUGAAAAUUAUUUUUACAUGGAUAUGACAUAGUUUUAGUAGCUUUAAUCAACUUAACUACCUGAAAAUCGGUAGCCCUCGUGGUUUGCUCUCUCGAGGGCUGAAUACUGAAGUACUCUGUGUACGAAGAACCACCAAUAAACAAUACCUGUUA